AUGUCUCAACCACCACAGCAGCCCCAGGACGACGCCGAACACGCUGCUGCUCAUGGCGACAACGGCCAAGCGUCCCCUGCCCCAUUGCCCAACGACCACGACCCCUUGUCGACAUCGGACACGGCCACAGGCACCACCGACUUUGCUGCCGCUACCCCAAACGCGGACAACAUCUCGCUGCCCCCCAAUGCUGCAAGCGAUGUCGGUCCCUACUCACCCUCGGCGGCAGCGAUGAGUCCGUCUGGCCACGACCGUGUGUUUCCAAUACGGAGUGUCGUCUCGGUUGACCCUAAUCCUACGUCAACACCGAAGUCUACCCCAACUGGACAAUACACCGGCGACUACUUUCACUCGUACUCUCGGGCGAGCGACUCGCGCAGACCCUCGGGCUCCACAGUGUCAAACGCCUCGCACGUAUCACAACGGAAUCCAGGCCCUCGAUCGUCGACAUCUGCAAACACCCCCCGAGGAGAAGCAGCACCGCAGGCGCGACAAGGUGCGAAUCUGUCUACACCACAGAAGAUAGAUGCAUCAAAGCUGCAGCUUCCGGCGUCUCUUUUCAAAGAAAUGGCCUCGUCGAGUCCUGCAAAUAGCGUGGAGGAUAGUCCAUCACCUUCGAUCAGGACAGCGGAUCGGCCUUCCUCGCCCGGAGGUGGAUCAAUCCGUAGCAAUCUGAGCGCCGCCGGCGACAUGGGCAAUCUGAUUACACCCCGCUUCAAGCACGUAGUCACUGAGGGAGGACACAUGGUCAUUACUGGCCGAGAGGGCGAGACACUGCAGCGCUGCGAGGACGAACCAAUCCACAUACCGGGAGCUGUGCAAGGAUUUGGUCUUCUUGUUGCGCUGCAGGAGGAUCCGGACGGCAGCGGAGGCCUUCUCGUUCGUGUGGUAUCGGAAAACUCGAAAAGAUUCCUUGGACGCACACCGAAAGAGCUCUUUGCGCUGGAGAGUUUUACAGACAUGCUGUCAGAAGAGCAGGCCGACAACCUCCUCGAUCACAUUGACUUCAUCAAAGACGAGGACUCGGACGUUCUGACAAACGGUCCAGAGGUUUUCACAAUGUCAAUCAAGGUACCAGGAGUUUCACGGACCCGCAAACUCUGGUGUGCCGUCCACGUCAACGACACAAAUCUAGGACUCAUCAUCUGCGAGUUUGAACUCGAAGAUGAUCCGCAAUUCCCUUUGGUGCCAUCGAACGAAAUGACACCUGAGCUUCCGGAAGAUACGUUAGCGAGCAACCCGACCGAACAAGAAUAUCUGGAGAGUACCGAGAUAGGAAGCCGGCCCCUCAGAGUAUUGCGAAGCGCUCGAAAGAGAAAGGGUGAAGCUGCUGCUAUGGAGGUUUUCAACAUCAUGUCGCAGGUGCAAGAGCAGCUAGCAGCAGCACCUACCCUGGACAAGUUUCUCAAGGUUCUAGUUGGUGUUGUCAAGGAACUGACGGGAUUCCACCGCGUCAUGGUCUACCAAUUCGAUCAGACAUUCAACGGACGGGUCGUCACUGAGCUUGUCGACCCCCGGGCCACGAAAGAUCUCUACAAAGGACUGAAUUUCCCUGCCUCGGAUAUACCAAAGCAGGCCAGAGAGCUGUACAAGGUCAACAAGGUUCGCAUGUUAUACGACCGUGACCAGGAAACCGCCAGGCUGGUCUGUCGUACUGCGGAAGACCUGGAGCUGCCCCUAGACCUCACCCAUUCUUAUCUCCGCGCCAUGUCGCCAAUUCACUUGAAGUACCUGGCGAACAUGGCUGUUCGCUCUUCCAUGUCGAUUUCUAUCAAUGCAUUCAACGAGCUGUGGGGCCUGAUCGCUUGUCACUCAUACGGUGCUCGCGGCAUGCGCGUCUCUUUUCCAAUCAGAAAGAUGUGCCGCAUGGUCGGCGACUCUGCAUCACGAAACAUCGAGAGACUGUCCUACGCAUCGCGCUUACAGGCCAGGAAACUCAUCAAUACCGUGCCAACACAACACAACCCAUCCGGUUACAUCAUCGCUUCCUCGGACGAUCUAUUGAAACUUUUCGACGCAGACUUUGGGCUGCUGUCAAUUAGAGACGAAACGAAGAUCCUCGGCCACAUGGAGAACUCACAAGAAGCUUUGGCCAUGCUGGAGUACUUGAGAAUGCGCGAGAUCCAGGCUGUUAUGACUUCCACGGACAUCACAGAGGAUUUCCCUGACCUUCGAUACCAACCUGGAUUCCACACCGUCGCCGGUAUGCUAAUUGUUCCCUUGACAACUGGUGGGAAGGAUUUCAUCGUCUUCUUCAGAAAAGGCCAGCUGCGCGAAGUCAAAUGGGCGGGUAACCCUUACGAAAAGUUCAUCAAGGAGGGCACCGAAGGUUACCUAGAACCCAGGAAGAGUUUCAAAACAUGGUCUGAGACUGUCGUUGGCAAGUGCCGAGAGUGGACAGAAGAAGAGGUGGAAACGGCCUCGGUGCUGUGCCUGGUCUAUGGCAAGUUCAUCGAGGUAUGGAGACAAAAGGAGGCAGCAUUGCAGAACAGCCAAUUGACCCGACUGCUGCUUGCAAACUCGGCACACGAAGUCAGGACACCACUUAAUGCCAUCAUAAACUAUCUCGAAAUCGCUCUGGAAGGGUCGCUGGAUACGGAAACACGAGAGAACCUGGCGCGAUCGCACUCGGCAUCCAAGUCGCUCAUUUACGUCAUCAACGAUCUGCUGGAUUUGACAAAGACCGAGGAAGGCGGGCCGUUAAUCAAGGGAGAGUCUUUUGAGCUGAGCGCGACAAUCAAAGAAGCGACAGACAUGUUCCGUGGAGAUGCCAGACGCAAGAACAUCGAAUACGAAGUCACCGAGCAUGAAGGCCUGCCAAAGUCGUGCAUAGGCGAUCAGCGUCGAGUGAGGCAGGCCAUCUCGAACAUCGCUGCAAAUGCCAUCCAGCACACCAGUCAAGGAGGUGUCAAGAUCGAAGCCUACGUCGCAUCGAGACCCAGGAAAGACCAUGUCGAGGUUGAGAUUGCCGUCACUGACACAGGCGUCGGCAUCAACCCCAAGCGGCUCGAUCAACUGUUCUACGAUCUUGAGCAGGUUCAGUCGGAGCCUGCCUCAGCCCUGGAGGAUGCCAUCGUUCCCGACCCUAAGCAAAUAAAGCAACAGGGCGACAAAACUGCACUUGGCCUUGGGUUAGCUGUUGUGGCACGGAUCAUCCGAAACAUGAACGGACAGCUCAGGAUCCGGUCGGAGGAAGGAAAGGGCACUCGAUUCGUUGUUCAGUUCCCAUUCGAUCUGCCAAAUGAUGCAGAGCUCCCUGACGAUGCAGGGGUCGAAGGCUUAUCGCCACCAGCAGACAGCUCGCAAUCUGGUAGUAUCACACCGCUCCCUAAUCGGCAAUCUCUAGGCAGCCCCGUGCAAGUCGCAGGCGAGCGCACUUUGAUCUCACCAGCAAUGUCGCGCCAUGACUCGGGCGGCACUACUGUAAAUGGCAACAACAUCAUCCAUCAUUCAGUGGCCAGCAGAAGACAGAGCGCAGACAGUUUAAAGAGCAAGGCUAGCUUACGAAGCUUCCACAGCGGCAUGAGCGCAUCUACGCAGGAAAGCGCACGGAGUGAUGUGGACAGGUUAAUCGACGAUCUCCAAGCGCCACAUCUGGUCGAGAGGCGGAGAAGAGAGGGCCACCUCACUCCCAGCGCGCGAUCGUUACGACCUUCUCUCACCAAGCACAACAGUAUGGACCCUGGGUCGCCACCGCGAAGGAGAUCUAAAAGCCUCGAGAUGGCAGAAGGGCGAGUCGUUAUUCCGCCUCACGAGAGAGGUAUGGACACCACGACUCCCGGCCAACAGACUAUCGCUUUCUCUUCCCAGCCGCUGAGGGCCGUUCGUUUGCCGGAUGAUGGCUCACCGUCCUCUGAACAAAGACCAGGCUCCAUUCUCGGGGAGGUCCACGACGAGCCAAAGGAGAUAUCGCCUGCUCCUACGCAUGCUGAAAAGCUGACGUCCGAGUACAUGCGCGUGCUUGUAGCGGAGGAUGACCCAGUCAACAGUCGAAUUGUUAAGAAGCGGUUAGAGAAGAUGAAGCAUGACGUAUAUCUGACCGUCAACGGUGAGGAGUGUGCGUCUGCGUUCGGCGAGAAACCAAAGGCCUUCGAUGUCGUUCUCAUGGACAUGCAGGCAGGUCUUCCUCCCCUCGGCCCUUCCGUCUAUACUAAUACAACCCCAGAUGCCAAUCGUCGACGGACUGACCUCCACGAAGAUGAUCCGUUCUUACGAGAAAACACACACCAACAUCUACUCCCCGCGCGCUGCUCUCUGCGGCCGCGUACCCAUCGUCGCCGUGUCUGCCUCGCUAAUCGAAAGGGACCGCCAACAAUACAUCGACGCCGGCUUUGACGCGUGGAUCCUGAAGCCAAUCUCCUUUGACCGCCUGAAUAAGCUCAUGGCUGCCAUCGUCGACAAGGACAUUAGAAAAGAGUGUUUGUAUGAGCCGGGUGCGUGGGAGAAGGGCGGCUGGUUCCACGAGGGCCAGGCGAGCGUUGAAGAGGUCGACACAAAGCCGACGAAUGAACCUCCGAUUGGGAACCCAAGUGAAAUGGUCAAGGAGGCCGCGGAGGAUGCGGAGAAUCCCAUGGCGGGUGAAGAGAACGAGGAGGGGAGGCAGCCAGAAGAGCAAGAGCGACUGUUGCAGAAGCAGGAGGAGGAGCGGACCGAAGAAGACGAGAAGAAGAAUGAAGAAAUCCGUCACGCGGACCCGGCGGACGCAGCGGGCUGA